GAAGGCACUAAAUUUGUCACGAGGCUCUUUUUUUUAAAAUUAAAGGUGCUAAAAGGAUCUAACAAGUCACCAAAUCUUGCGACAAAAUCUCUAAUUUGGUGUUUGGACACGGAAAAUGGUUGUUAGUGUCAGAUAAGCUGAUUUCCUCCAUCUCUUGGACUGAGCUACUGAUCUCCUACAGUGCUCCAUCCCUUCACAUUACUACAAGGAAGUGAGCUGCACAACACCAAAACUGUUUGGCCCCUUUAAAGGCCAGACUCCAGUAAUGGAUCGAUUUGUGACACUCAAGAUCUUCUUUGCAGUUUUACUCUUAGGCAGUGGGUGUCGCUGCUGGAAGGCAACCGUGCAACAAUCAGUCACCGCCAUCAAGGGGACCUGCGUGUUAGUGCCAUGCAGCACUGACCCUUACAGUAAAGUCACAUGGUAUAAGUAUAAAUCAAUAGGCUACCCAGUGGUGUACUCCACCGACCGCAGCGAGAUAAUAGCUGAGUUUAAAGGAAGGACAUCAGUCCCGGGAAAUGCCCAAGAGGGAAACUGCACUUUAAGGAUUGAGAAUGUCCAGCAACAAGACGGCACGGUGUCCCUGUAUGUAUGGAUCUGGAAACCUGAUGGGCAGAACAAAGGAUUUUAUGACCAAAGCAUAGAAAUAAAAGUUUUGGAACCUAUGACACCUCAGAUUUCUGUGGAAAGCCCACAGAUAAAAGGGAAGACUUUCACUGCAACAUGCAAAUUCCACUAUUCCUGCCCCUCAUCUCCACCUCAGAUGUCCUGGCUGGGUUUGCAAUCCAUUUCUAAUGUAUUGCGCCACACGUAUGACAAGGCUGGAUUAUGGGUAACUGAGGCCACUGCUACAUUCAACAUAACUAACCAAGACCAGGCUGCAUUUCUCAGCUGCAAGAGCAUUCUCAAUAGACAAGCUUUAAUGAGUUCAUCAGUUUCACUGAACGUCUUAUAUGCCCCUACAGAAGUGAAAAUAGAUUACGCAGGAAGCAACACGGUCAUGGAAGGGAAGAAGAUCUCGCUUCGAUGUACCAGCAACAGCAAGCCUUUGCCCACACUCUAUGAGUGGCUUGUCACCCAAAACAACACCACCACAACAACCAGCCACAAAGGAAGUACUGUUGUCCUUCAAGAUGUCAGAAGACGCACAUCUGUUUCCUGCAUCGUCACUAACUCCAUUGGACGGACUGAAUCAAAGCAGCUAUCGCUUAAUGUCCAUUAUGCCCCUGCAGACGUGAGAGUAGAUUAUGAAGGAAGCAGCGCUGUGGUCGAGGGUAAGAAGAUCUUACUUAGAUGUGCCAGCGACAGCAGCCCUGUCCCCACACUCUAUGAGUGGCUUGUUACCCGAAACAACACCACCAUCCACUACAAAGGAAGUACUCUUGUCCUUCAAGAUGUGAUGAGAGACACGUCUGUUUCCUGCAUUGCCACUAACUCAGUCGGACGUGGUGAAUCCAAGAAGCUAUCACUCAGUGUCCAUUACUCUCCAUCCAUCCUGCCGAGCUCAUUUUGCUCCAUAACAGAUGGAACACUACGGUGUGUGUGUCAAGCAGAUGCCAACCCAAAUGCUGUCAUCUCUUGGACCGUAGAUGGCAGCAGUGCACUUUUUCCAUCCUACAACACCUCAACACAGCGCAAUGGAAGCAUGAUGGUGUCAGAGUUGACUGGACCAAAGAGCCACAAUGUCAUCUGCACAGCAACAAACGAUGUGGCCACUGAAAUCAAACAGAUACAUGUCCAUUCUGAAGGGAAUGCUUCAUCUCCAGGGCUGGUGGCUGGGGUAGCCGUGGUGGCCGUGGUGUCCAUUGUUUUAGGACUUGUUGUGAUAGCAAUCAAGAUUUGGAAAAAGAGAAGCCAUGCAGAGCCACAUGAAAACCUCAACACUGCCCAGCACAUGACCCCUGGUAAAAAGUGCCAUGAGUACUGUCUCAAUUCAGAUGAAGACCUGUAUGUUAACACAGUCCAGGGUCAACCGGCUUACCAGUAUGAAGAUCAGGAAGCAGAGUCCUGUAUCUACGCAAAUUAUGAUACAAGUUCCUGAAUCAUGAGGAAUCAAGCUGGCGAGGUGUUGAAUUGAAUGUUUUCUUCACUAAUGCAGUUGUAGUUUUAACAUUUCUGAACUGAACAUAUAUUUACCUUCACACUGUCCAAACUGAAAAUAUAUAUAUGGUCUAAUGUAUAUGUAUUGCUGCAAUUUAAAAAAAAUAUAUUGGCCUAAUGGUUAAAGAAGCAGCUUUGGGACCAAAAGGUUGCCGGUCCAAUUCCUUAGACCAGUAGGAAUGGCUGGAGUGCCCUUGGUAAGGCACCUAACCCCCAACUGCUCCCCAGGCUACCCACUGUAGGUGUGUCAGUGUCCUGUUGUACAUCGCUCUGGAUAACAGUGUCUGCUAAAUGCCUGUAAUGUAAUGAUGUAAUGAUUAGAGAAGCAGCUUUGGGACUAAAAGAUUGCCGGUUCAAUUCCCUGGAUCUUCAGGAAUGGCUGAAGUGCCCUUGAGCAAAGCACCUAACCCCUAAAUGCUCCCCAGGCUGCUCUGGGUGUGUUGUAUGUCACUCUGGAUAAGAGCGUCUGCUAAAUACCAUUAAUGUAAUGUAAUAUAUUAAUAAAUAAUACAUAAGCAGGUUUUUUUAAUGAAUUAAACUUGUACUUUUGAGUAUCUGUUUUUGUAUAUAAGACAAAAUCUGAAAUACAAUAUUGCUUUAAUGAAGAAUGGAUUUCUUGUCUGAAAAUGAAUUUGGUGAGAGGAAAAAUCCCCAUAGCAACAGUGUAUUGAACCAUGUCUUAUCUGAGUUAUUUGAAUUGAAUUAAAACACCAUUAUAAGAUCUUUGGA